AUGAGUAUGUCUAGUAAACGAACCACCGAUAGUAAUCUGUCGUCUUCAUUUCAUGGUAAUACGAGACAAAUGACGCAAAAUUUUCAACAUUCAGGAUCAUGCAUUCGGAGACUCGCUCGACGUUGGCCAAACAUUCUAACAGAUCUUCAGAUUACACGUCUAAAAGAACAUAAAUAUGCAUCGGAAGGUACAACACUACUUGAUCCAUACAUGCAAAUCUUUUGGAAGUGGCUAGUCGAAUACUGUCCAUUGUGGGUCGCGCCAAACCUGAUCACAAUCGUUGGCUUAGCAGUAAAUAUAGGCGCAAGCAUUUUUCUGAUGAUUCUAACAGACGGUGCCAAAGAACAGUGUACACGAUGGAUGUAUUUCCUGACAGGACUCGGCACCUUUAUUUAUCAAUCACUGGACGCAAUUGAUGGUAAACAAGCACGUCGAACAGAUUCGUCAACACCUUUGGGUGAACUGUUCGAUCAUGGGUGUGAUUCGGUUUCAACGGCCUUUGUUACGAUAGCAUUUUGCUGUACGAUUCAACUGGGUGUUUAUCCAUGGUUAAUGUUUUGGUGUUGCAUGUUUUCGUAUAUUAUUUUCUAUUGUGCGCAUUGGCAAACCUAUGUGACCGGAAAACUUCGGUUUGCUAGUUUUGACUGUACGGAAGCUCAGUUUUUCUUUCUGUUCAUUUGCAUGGUUACAGCCAUUUGGCCUCCGGUGUGGACGAAAUCGAUCCCAAUCAUACAUAUCGAACUACGUGUUUUGGCCGCAUUGGCCAUGAUUAUUUCUGGUUUGUGCAAUGCAAUGAAUAAUAUCCACACUAUCUCAAAAGGCGGUUGCGGCCGACAUUACUCCACUAUCGCUGUCGCGCACAUGUCAAAAAGUUCUCUGUACGCUUGGGAUUCAGCUUACUACGGUCCCAUAGCGUUCUGUGUGAAUCAAUAUUUUGGCUGUUAUAUUUCUGAGCAUAAAUUUCUUUGGUUUUUUCUUAUUUACAGUCUCGGUGAUUUACUUCGAUAUAAUAUCAAAGUAUGUCAAGAACUAUGUGACGCACUAGGCAUCCACUGUUUUCGAAUCAAACCACCAACAAUGGUCAAAUCUGACAUGUCCCAUUAG